CAGAAUUAUCUAGCGCAUCAUUUUGGAUUGUGAAACAUGUAUGCGCUUCAUGUGAACGUGAAGAAAGCCAAUAACCUGAAAAAUGUUGAAAUCUCUGGGAAAAGUGAUCCCUAUGUCAUUGUCGAUUUCCAAGGACAUAAACAGAAAACCAAAGUGAAAGAUGAUGAUUUAAAUCCAGUUUGGGAUGAGGAAAUAGUUAUUGAUUUGAAAGGAAAACCACUGGUUCCUUCAGACAGUGUAUUGAUUAAAGUGAUGGAUUUUGAUAAAGUUACACCAGACAAAUUUAUGGGACAAACAUUGAUUCCGUUACAAGCUGUUCUGUCAACAUCAGCUGAAGUACCUAUAUGUGUAGCAUUACAGAAUAAGAAAGGUCAAGAUACUAUGUCAACUAUUGAAUUGUCAUUACGUUAUGAAUUUCCACAAAAAAUCAAAGGAUUACCAAGUAAUGAAAUUGACCAAGGCGGUGGUGAUGAAGUGGAUACUGGUGCGGCUGGUGAAGGUGGAGGCGGUGGUGGCGGCGGAGCACCUGGAGGUGGAGGUGCGGCUACAGGAACUGACGCAGACAGGAGAGAUGAACUGGAUGGUCCGUUGGGUGUAGGAAAACGUAAAAAGAAACUAGGCAGUUCAGCAAUUCGUCCACAAUAUUCAACAAAAAAACAAGAUUUUCAAAUUCGUGUAAAAAUUAUUGAAGCACGUCAAUUACAUGGUGCAAAUAUUUCACCAAUUUGUAAAGUGACUUGUUGGAAAGAAAGUAAAGAUACACGAGUACGCAAUUCUACUAAUUCACCAUUUUGGGAUCAAAUGUUCUUUUUCAAUUAUUUUCAUUCAGCCGCAGAAUUGUUAGAUCAACAAUUAGUAUUCACUGUGUACGAUUCACGUCGUCUUCGACGGGAUUCAUUGAUUGGUUCAUUUAAAUUUGACUUAUCCCUGGUGUAUGAAUCAGAUCGUCAUUUUAUGUUCAACAAAUGGUUACUAUUAUGUAAUCCAGAAGAUCCAAUGUCUGGAGCGAAAGGUUAUUUAAAAAUCUCCGUAGUUAUAUUAGAACCUGGAGAUGAAGCACCAAGUAUGAAAGUUGGUGAAUCCGAUGAGAAGGAAGAUAUUGAAGCAAAUCUACUACGUCCAGCUGGUGUACAAUUAAGACCAGCAGCUUUUAAAAUUCUUUUAUAUAUGGCUGAAGACUUGCCAAGAAUGGAUUCCGAUGCCUUCAAAGGAAUCAAGAAUUUACUUUCUUCUUCAUCUGAAGAAUCUAAAGAGUUUGUGGAUCCUUAUGCUGUUGUUUCAUUUGCUGGGAAAUCGAUUAAAUCUACUACAAAAUACGGGACAGAUCAUCCUGAAUGGAAUGAAGAGAUUACAAUGAAUAUUCAAUUCCCGUCAAUGUGUGAGAAAUUGAAAUUCACAUUCUUUGAUUGGGAUCGUAUUGGUUAUAAUGAUCCUAUAGGAACUGGAGUCAUUUAUAUUUCACAAAUUUCUGCAUUUCGUGAUGACAUGGAUGGUUUCUUACCAACAUUCGGUCCAAGUUUUAUCAAUCUCUAUGGUUCACCAAGAGAAUACAGUGAUCUUCCAGAUAAAUAUGAAGCGCUGAAUUUAGGCAAAGGACAAGGUGUCGCUUAUCGUGGUCGUGUCCUGCUGGAAUUAUCUACCGAGUUAUUAGAUGAACCAACUACAGAUGUAGUGAAACCAUUGGAACCGGAUAAAGUGGCUAGAAUUCAAAAAUCAUUAAGACGACGAAAAUAUCAACUUUAUGUCGCAUUUUUAUCUGCCACAAUGAUUGAAGAGAAACGUGAUGGACCAAUCGAAUUUGAAGUGAGUAUUGGUAAUCAUGGCAAUAAAUUAGACGAAUCUGUCACACCGUGUGCAUCGACAACACCGCCAACAAAUCCUGUUUCAGAUGGUUUACAUUAUUAUUAUCUGCCAUGGUCGGAUGAUAAACCAUGCACUAUGGUUGAUUCGCAAUGGGAAGAUAUAUCAUUUCGUUUAGGUGCAGUGAAUUUGUUAUUAAGAAUUGCUGAUCAUUUAGAUAGAGGUAUCAGUCAUUUAAUGGUUGCUAUUAAAGCAAAUCUUCCAAUUGAAACUCAAGCACAAUUGGCUAUUUCUUCAUUAGAUGAAUUUAUUAUGGAUUGCAAUCAUACUUUACCUCAAUGGGAACCGGAGAAUAUACCACAAAAUGAAAUGGAUAUACAUUUACGUAAAUUACGUGAAGACCAGCUGAACAGCCUGCGUGAACAAGCAAUUAAUACAAGAGAAACUGUUUCAGAAAUUGACGAUGCAUUGAAAGAAUUAAAAUCGUAUCGUGAAACCAUUUUACAUUUAGCCAUAGAACCACAAAUGAGUAUACCCGAUAUUAUCAUAUGGAUGUUAUGCGGUGGUAAACGUACUGCAUAUCAUAGAAUACCAGCUCAUGAAGUAUUAUAUCAUGACAAUGAAGAUUAUCGUGGAUUAAAGUGUGGCACAGCACAAACAAUCAAUUUAAAAAAACCGACUUUAUUAAAAGAUGAAAAUAAACCAGAAUGGAAAAUUCCAGCUCAAUUACGUGUUGUUGUAUGGUUUGGUUUAGAGAAAGAUCGUACUGCAUGGACAGAAUCACACAGUGAAGCAAAAUUACAAGUUGUUGCAGAAACUUACGAAAAUCAAGCAUCAAUUGUUGGUAGUUGGGUCACUAAACGACCACCACUGACACGUCCAGCAUGGUCAGAUAAUACUGGACGAAUUGAAUUACCAAAAGAUGCAAUUCAAUUACCAUCAGGUUGGGAAUGGAUUGGUGAUUGGUAUGUUGCACCAGAAUUAUCAUUACUUUAUAAGAAAGAUGCAGGUAAAACAAGUUUUGUUGAAGAAUUAUUCUAUAAUGAAUUUCGUACACCAACAAGUCCAUGGAAAAUUGCUGAACCAGCUUAUACCGAUGCACAAGGUGAACCGAAAGGUGAACCACGUACAGUGGAAUUACCAAGUGGUUGGGCAUGGGGUGAUGAUUGGAAAAUUGAUUAUAAUCGUCCAUGUGAUGAAGAUGGUUUUGAAUACACGGUGGAAGCAUCUACUGGUGGUUAUGUUGCAGCAGAAAAGCUAUAUCAUAUGUUUCGUAGACGACGUUUAAUACGUACACGUUUACUUGGUGAAGUUGGUGUACCAAUUAAACAAGAAGUAUUAAGACGUGUGAUAGUACACGAUCAACAAUCUCGUUUAUCAUUAUUACAAAGUCUCAGCACAGAACCAGCUGAAGCAUGGGAAUAUGCAUUUAAUUUCGAUUCGAAAUUUCAUACAAAAGAACGUAAAGUUGACAUGGUACGUCGUAGACGUUGGCAUCGUGCACUGGCGCCGAAAGAAUCCGACUCAGAGACUACUUCAUGUGUUUUACAAAUAAGAAAUAAUUCAAAACAAGCUGAAAGUAGUAUGAAAAUGAAAAAAAAAGAAAAUCUCACUGUUCCAAGGAUAUUUAUGCGUUUUAGCACUACACAUAUUUGGCAUUUACGUGCAUAUAUUUUUCAAGCACGUAGUGUUUUAGCCGCUGAUCAAUCUGGUCUAUCUGAUCCAUUUGUACGGUGUUCAUUUCAAGGACAUAGUCAAGAGACACAAAUUAUUCAACAAACGCUAUGUCCAACAUGGGAUGAAACAUUGAUAUUUGAGCAUAUUGAAAUGUGCGGUGAUCCAAAAACUAUAUUCGCUGAUCCACCACCAGUGAUGAUUGAAUUAUUUGAUUAUGAUCAAUUAAGUUCAGAUCAUUUCUUAGGUCGAUUACAAAUUACUCCUGCCGUUCGUCUGGACACAGAGACUACAUGGGCCAAUGUACUUCAAUGGUAUACAAUUGAGAAAAAUCGUAAAAAAGGCGGUGAAAUAUUAGCUGCUUUUGAAUUGAUUCUACUUGACGGUAAAUCUCCACCAGCACCACCUACACGUCGUGGUACAUUGUUCAAUGUCCCCGAAGGUAUACGCCCAGUACUUCAACGUACCGGUAUUGAAAUACUCUGUUGGGGUGUACGUGCAAUGCGUAAAUACAAAUUGGCUAGUGUAAAUUCCCCAUCGGUUGAAUUUGAAAUUGGCGGUAAAGUAGUUGAAUCCAGCGUAAUUAAAAAUGUGAAAAAGAAUCCAAAUUUUGCAUCUCCACUAUUAUUCUUAGAUGUUUUAUUGCCAAAAGAAGAAAUCUAUUUACCACCAAUGAAUAUAUGUGUACGUGAUCAUAGAGCAUUCGGACAGAAACCAAUGGUUGGUGUACAUGUUCUAACGGAUUUUCAAUCAUUCAAAGUACCAGCAAGAACAUCACAAACUGAUGUUUUAAUGGAUAUACAAGCAUUAACCGAUAUUGCAUGUAUAACACAACAACCGCUUUUAGCUGAACCGAAAGUCGAGGCUCAAGCACCAACAACGAAAAGUAAACCAAAACAAAAGAAAAAAUUUAUGGAUUUGAAACAAAUGGAUGAUAAAAUUGAUUGGUGGUCAAAAUUCUAUGCAUCGAUUGGUGAAUGGGAUAAAUGUUUAAAAUAUAAAGAAUUUGGUUAUGAUACUAUUUGCGUUUAUUCUCAUCCACUAGAAGAAGUUGAGGCAUUUAAUCAUUUCACUGAUUUCUGUAAUACAUUCACAUUAUCACGAGGUAAAAAUGUCGAUGAAGAUGAAGAUAAUUACGCCGGGGAAUUUAAAGGAACAUUUCGUAUUUAUCCAUUACCUGAAGAUCCGAAAGAACAAUUACCAAUACGUUAUUUUGAAAAAUUAAAUGUCUCCUCCGAUCCAGAAGAAUGUAUGCUACGUGUGUAUAUUAUACGAGCUAUAGACUUACAACCAUCGGAUUCUUCCGGUUUAGCUGAUCCAUAUGUGGAAAUUAUUGUUGGUCAGCAUAAAAUUAAUUCUAAAGAUAAAUAUAUACCGAAUACUUUAAAUCCAGAAUUUGGAAAAAUGUUUCAAUUAAAGUGUAUUCUACCAAUUGAAAAAGAAUUACACGUUAUCGUAAAAGAUUAUGAUGCAAUCGGUGCCGAUGAUAUUAUUGGACAAACUGAUAUUGAUUUAGAAAAUAGACGUUUAACUAAAUAUCGUGCUACAUGUGGUCUACCUCAAACCUACUAUGUAUCUGGACCAAAUCAGUGGAGAGAUUCAAAAUUACCCACAGAAAUAUUAUUAGCUGUAUGUGAUAGUUAUUCGCUGCCUGCACCACAAUAUGAAGAAGCCACAGAGAUUAAGCCGAGUCCAAGUUGUCGUGUUGGUCAACGUGUAUUUGUAUUGGAAGAUUUUGAGCGUGGUAUGGUACCGAAUCCACAUUUAGGACCACCGAAAGAACGUUUAGCAUUGCAUAUUUUGAAUAAACUUCCAUUGGUGAAAGAACAUGUUGAAACAAGAUUGUUGUAUAGUCCGUUACAGCCUAAUAUUGAACAGGGUAAAUUACAAAUGUGGGUUGAUAUAUUUCCAACAUCUCUGGGUGAACCUGGUCCACCAUUUGAUAUUUCACCGAGAGAACCAAAUGAAUAUAUAUUACGUUUAGUUAUAUGGAAUACAUUCGAUGUUGUCUUAGAUGAGAAAUCAAUAACUGGUGAAAAGAUGUCUGAUAUUUAUGUUAAAGGAUGGUUAGCUGGUUUAGACGAUCGUCAAAAAACCGAUGUUCAUUAUCGAUCAUUAAAUGGUGAAGGCAAUUUCAAUUGGCGUUUUGUAUUUCCAUUUUUCUAUUUACCAGCUGAAAAUACCAUAGUAGUUAAACGUAAAGAACAUUUUUGGUCAAUGGAUAUCACUGAACAACGUAUUCGUCCUCAGUUAGUAUUACAAGUUUGGGAUAAUGAUCUAUUUUCACCGGAUGAUUUUAUAGGAACAUUGGAGUUAAAUUUAUCCAAUAUGCCAAGUCCAUCAAAAACACGUAGUAAAUGUUCAUUGACCAUGUUACAAUCGGUUUGUAGUGAAACUAAAAUGGUGAAUUUAUUUGAAUGUAGACGAUUGAAUGGAUUUUGGCCAUUUGUUAAUGAAGAAACUGGAACUCCACUUUUAACUGGUAAAAUUGAAAUGGAAAUGGAAUUGGUAAGUAAAGCAGAAGCGGAUCUUCGACCAGCUGGUAAAGCACGUGAAGAACCAAAUGACAAUCCUCAUUUAGAGCCGCCAAAACGUCCAGAAACAUCAUUCCUUUGGUUUACAUCACCAUGGAAAACAUUCAAAUUUAUUGUAUGGAAAAAAAUGAAAUGGGUCAUUAUUGGAUUAUUAGUUAUAUUGAUUAUUGGUUUAUUAAUAGCAUUAUUUAUAUAUGCUAUACCGCCACUUUUGGCAAGAAAAAUGGUUGGAGUCUGA